CAUCGGUAAUGCUGGACUCUGGUGUUGGUCACACUAGGAUGCUGUUGAUACUUUGAUAUUACUAUUAUUAAAUAUUAUAUUUUUAUCUACUUUUUGCUUGAAAAAUAAUCAAAAUUUCUGACAAGUUGUUUUAUUCGGUAUUUACAUCAUUUUCUUCCGUUUCGUAUUCUGUGUUUUUUAAUUCGUCGUUUUAUUGAAACUAAGGUGUUUAUCAUGGCAUCAGCAGAUCCAAUAGGUCUGAGCAAAACUUGGGAACUCUCAUUAUACGAACUUCACAGAACGCCACAAGAGGCUAUUACGGACAACACAGAAAUUGCCGUGUCCCCAAGAAGCUUGCACAGUGAAUUGAUGUGCCCUAUUUGUUUAGAUAUGCUCAAAAAAACAAUGACUACUAAAGAAUGUCUCCAUAGGUUAGUAUUUUUAAGAAUAUUAUAAUUUUUGAUUAUUAAUUAAUUGAUUACUAUCUCUGUGUAAAAGAUUUUGUUCAGACUGCAUUGUUACUGCACUUCGUUCUGGUAACAAAGAAUGCCCAACAUGUCGAAAAAAAUUAGUAUCUAAACGUUCACUGCGUCCUGACCCGAAUUUUGAUCUACUAAUAUCCAAAAUUUAUCCUAGCCGUGAUGAAUAUGAAGCCCACCAAACCAGAGUAUUAGAAAAAUUGAAUAAAAGUCAUAGUCAAGCAAAUCUGGUACAGUCCAUCAAUGAAGGCAUCAAAAUCCAAACACAAAAUCGUUUGCAACGUACCAAAAAGAACCAACAAGAUGAACAAAAUGAAAGCAGUUCUUCGUCAACUCCAAAAACACCUAAUAACAUAGGACCGGUUAAAGAUAAUGUCACUAGAACAGUGGUUCAAGCAAAAGUAGCUAAAAAACUUAAAACUGUGAUGAUUUCUGAAAAUGAUGGCCCAGCAUCUUCAUCAGCUGAUAAAUCAGAUAUUACAGAGUGUGAUGGCGCAUCAAGAGGAGUAACUUUAGAUGAGAUUGAAUUGGUAUUUAAACCUCAUCCGACUGAAAUGGGAAGUGAUAAUCAAUUAAUUAAAGUAUUGAAAGAAAAUGCUGUUAGAUAUAUUAAAACUACAGCAAAUGCUACUGGUAAAUAAAAUGCUAAUAACAUAUAUAGUGUUUUAAUAAAAUAAUAAGAGGCUUGUUUUGGCAUUGGAGUUUUUCAAUUAACAGUUAGCUAUUAUUUGUAAUAUCACUAAAAAGUUUUUUUUUUUCUGAACUGAAUAGUAUUUUACCUACUAAGAAAUAACUAGUAACAGAAAACAAUGGAUGUAGUUUGUAAUUGUUUGUUGAUUCUGUCAACUUGAUUGUUAAAAAUGCAUUCAGUUAUUUGAUAAUUGAAUACACUUUUUUUAAUUGCAGUAAUAAAUAUCGCCAAAAAAGUUUCCAAAAUGCAUGUAUCAUAAUCAUAAUAUCAUAGAUUUAACCGUUUUUUAUUUAUUUUUUUAGUCGAACAUUUGAGCACAUAUUUACUAAUGCGUCUCUCAUUGGAUCUUGGACCAGAACAUCCAGAACGUGCUGUAAAGUUCUUGAUUUACGUUGCACCAAUAUCUGGUCAAUAUGUUCCACUAAAUGGAAAUCAAACUUUACGACAGGUUCACGACAAAUAUUGGAAAGUUAACAAACCACUAGAAAUGUUUUACUCCUUUAACUAGAGUAUUUAUUAUUAUUAUAUUUAUCAUAACAAAAUAAAUAGCUGUCAGCAAAAAUCUAUUUUUCGCUUGGUUAGUAUAAUUCAAUUAAAUGAUUCUUAAGACCAACUUUAUAAAUGACACUAAAAUUAUAUUUUUAAAAAAAUAUCACAUUAUGUGAAUAAUACAACUAGAAUUUCCUAUAUUGAGUGCAUUUUAUCUAGCCUCUAUGUAGUGUGUUUUGUUGAUAUACCUAGUAUUUAAUAAUAAUGUAAAAGUAUUUUAUUUUAAUAAUAUAUAUUUUUUAUAAGUCCAAAAAGUCAAAAGAAAAUUUUUUUUAGGGAUUCAUAUUAUGUACAUUGUAUAUGGAGUUUGUUUAAAUCUUAUAGGAUGAAAAUACUGAAAAAAAACAGUCCGUGAUUAUGUUUUUUUAAAACGUUAUAAGACAAAUCAAAGAAUUCAAGUUUCAUUGACAAUGAUGACCAACUUUAAAAGUACAACAAACACCACAUUGGAAAAAUAAAAAGAUCACAAUCUAACCUUACAUAAAUAUUUUCUGAAACUAAUGAGCAAAAGAGAAAGUAUAAUUUGAAGCACUUUCAAAAAAAUUAUCAAUUAAUUUGAGAAAACGAUAUAUGUGAACAUAUUAAUAUAUAUAAUAGUACGUCAAAUUAAAAAUAAUAUACUAAACUAUUGUUGAAAUUUUUUUUGAACAUAAUUUAAGUGUUAUUUUUUUAAAGUUGUCACAUUAACUGGUCUUGUAAUUCUCCAUUCAGAAGUGGAGAACUAUAUAAUUGAUGAAGCAAGGUGUAUGCAUAUCAAAAAGUUGCUGACAACUAUACAUUUUUUCAUGAUGUAAAUUGUAUUUUUCACUAUUUACUUUUAAAAUACACUUAAUACAUUUAUUUUUUUAUUGUUAAAUAUGUAUUGUAUGUUAGAGUUUGACAUUAAGAGUACAUUUUUUAACAGUGCCGGUGGAAUAAUUUGUAGGGCCUGAUGCAAUCUUUUUUUUUUAUCACAGGGUCCUCAAUAUUUAACUUUGAGAGAAGUAUAUGGACAUCCAGCACUCAUUUGUGUACAUUUUAAUGUAUAGUUAUAUAAGUAAUGGUUAGAGGCCUGGUGCGGUCGUACUCAUCGCACUGCUCAUCCACUGGCUGUUUUUAAAUUAAUCAUUAUAAUUACAUAUUUUCUACUUUUUAUUCUGGGUAUUUUUUUAACAUUAUAUAACUAGAAAUUAUACAUAUUAUUUUGCACCAAAACUUUUCCAUUUUUAUGUUUUAUUCAAAUGACUGAUAUAAAUUACAUUAUAUAUCAUAAAAUAGAUUUAAAAAAAAUGAACUUCAGAUUAUACCCCACAUUUAUUUUAAUUAUCAUAUACAAAAGCAUUGAUCAAUUUAAAUAAAUAAUGUCAUUGACAAUACUUAGAUACCAAUAUAUAUUUUGGUAACUGUGUUAUUAUAAGCGAUCUACAGAUAGUUCAGUUAACAAAAAAAAAAAAUAUGGACUCAAUAACUCAUACAUGCCAAAUGCUAAUAGUCAACGGAUAAUUAGCGGUAGAAUAAAGAAUUGAGGUAUUUUCAUGGGGCCCAAUUUAAUAAUGUUAUUAAUUUUACUAAACUUUCAAUCUUGUUUAACCAUCUUUUUUUCGGUCUUGCACGUUUUUUAAAUUAUAGAAGAUUUAAUUUAAUAUGCAGCCGAACAGUUAUCCUGACAAAAUUUUAACUUAUGAUUAUUAAUUAUAUAGUUGAAUGCAAUUAUGUAUUAGAGGUUAUAUAUUAACAUGUUAGCUGUAGCAUGGGUUAAAUUGGACAAUCCUCCUCACUGAGCGGAACUCUUUUCUUGGUCAAAAAGGGUUCCUAGUACCAAUAUUAUAAAAAUAGCCAGAAUUUCAAACUGACAAAUUGAAUAAUGUUAGAGGUUUAUAGAUGACUUGUAAAAACAAAUGACUUGUUUAGUCGGGUAUUAUUGGGAGAACUAAGAAAAUAAAGACAAUUUAUUGAUAAUAUGUUGACGUCCGCUGCAGAAAACAAAUAUUUUGUAUAUUAGCAUUCAGUGUUACUCUUACUUAAAUUUUAAGAUGUGUAUUGUAUAUAGUACCCUACACAUAGAGUUACAAUUAAUCAUAUAAAGGUUUACUUAAUAUUACUUAAACCAAUGAUUAUAUAUGAAUCUUAUAGAAUCCUAAAUUACCUUUAUGCUAAUAAUUAUGUCAAUAUUCAUUAUUUUUUUUCAAUUGGGUUUUGUGUGGGGGGAAAAUAAAUAUUGAUGAGAGUUAUUAGCAUAAGAAAAGCACUGCAGGGCACCUGUAUAAUAUACAGAUUAUAUAAAAUUAGGCAUUACAUCAACAAAAAUGUCUUUAUCCUAAUAAAAUAUACUUGUAGCAUAUUAUAAAUGGUAUCUUUCAAAAUCUUAAAAUUAAAUUUGUUUAAAAUAAAGUAUUAGAUUAUAAGUGUGCAUAGGAUAUUUUGCGGGAUGUGCAGAAAGAUUUAGUAGGAUACCCUGUAUUUUAAAAAUCAACUACAAAUUAAUAAUAAACAAUUUAUUAUGUAAAAAAAUAAUAUGAUAACUAUUGAUUGUACGUUAGAGAUAACAAUAAAUACCAAUAUCAUUGAUUCAUUAUUAGAAGUUAAAUUUGAUAUAUCAUUGCCACCUCAUAUUAUGUAAGUUUUUUAAAUUAAAUUGUAAAAAUUGUUAAAUAAAUAAUAAUUUGAGUUACAAAAAAAAAAAAAAUGUAAUUCAAUCAAAAUCAAUAUAAUUUACUAAUUUUAAUACUAGAAAAUAUUGAGGUAUCAGUCUUAAAAAUCCUAACAGUUAAACAAAUAUAUCUUAUAUCUUUUUUUUUACUAUCAAUAGUUCAAUUAAUAUUUAUAUUUUACAUUUAGAAAAAUAAUUUUUAUUAAAUAACAAAUUUAUUUUAACGAAAAUCAAAAUGUUUAAACAUUUUUUUAUUUAUUGGUAAGAAUAACUGAUAACAAAACAACAAAAUACUUUAAAAUGUAUGUAAAUUAACUACAGAAUUAAAAAUAUAGUUAUAUUUAAAUCAUCCCAAAAACAAUACAUUCAAAUAUUUAUAUUAGCGCUCGGGCCUUUUCUUCUUUUAAUUUCAGUUUAAAACAUUUUGCUUCCAUUUCUUCAAAAUGUUCUGCAAAUAUCAUUUUCAAGGCAGAAUACAUCAAUGGCAAUUUAUGUAAAACAUUUGGAGCGAUCUGUA